UUCCAAAAAAAAAAAAAAACCAGCAGCUCUUUAUUCGAAAGCCCAACGGACGCAACCACGACCACUCUCUUAUCGUGCACUAUUACAGAUGGCCGGACGCAACCAUCUUUCCUCCAAUGCCUUAAAGCUCCGCCAAAUUCCAAUUGACGACCUCCGCCUCAAUAAUCCUCUCACUGCCUCCAUCUUUGCCAAUACGGAAACUUCCCGGUGGCCCCACCAUCCAUCAACCAUCCUCGAAGACCGCAUCGCUACCCAGCACCGUCAGAUCCAGUCCCUCUUCCUUGAAAACCAAAAGCUUGCGUCCACUCACGUAACAUUAAAGCAAGAGCUAGCUCUCGCUGAGGAAGAGCUCCGACGCUCAUCAGUGGCUGCAGCUGAUAUCAAGGCCGAGAGGGAUGAUCAGGUGCGGAAGGUGUAUGAAAGAUCGUUGCAAAUGGACGCUGAGCUGAGGUCUAUUGAUGCAUUGAGAACAGAAUUGGUUCAGGUGAGGAUGGAUGUGGAUAACCUUACCAUGUACCAUCAGGAGCUUACUGCGGAGUUAAAGGCAAUUAAUAGUGAUCUUGCCAAGGCCAGAAUGGAAGCAGACCGAGUGCCUGCAAUUAAGGCUGAGAUCGAGAACAUGCAACGAGAGAUUCAAAGAGGAAGGGCGGCCAUUCAAUAUGAGAAGAAGACGCAUGUUAAUAAUCUAGAGCAUGGUAAGACAAUGGAACAAAAUAUGCUCGUGGUAGGUUGUGAAAUUGAAAAACUUCAUGCUGAACUGUCUAAUGUGGAGAAAAAAGCAAGGGCAGCAAACCCAAGUCCUGGAUAUGCUGGAAGCUACAGCAAUCCUGAAGUGGCUUGUGGAGGAAAUCCAUGCCCUGAUCCUUAUGCCAUGCAUCAGGUUCAAGGGGUCACCAAUGGUGGUGCCCCAUUUGUGUCUGGAUGAAUGCUUACUAUCACUGUGCAAACACUUGCAUGAAGAGAAAAAAGAAAAGUCAUGCAGCAUCGUAAAUGGCCAGAACUCCAUGGAAUUCAUUUUCAAUGCCCAGGUACAUAUCGAACUCCGAUGCAAGUAUUUUUGCUGGUGAUAUCCAUUGGUGCCACAAUAGUUCACCAUCAGGAUUUGGUUUGUGGUUCGACACUUUGGUCAUUAUUUAUUUGUAUCUUCUGUAACAAAAACAAUUUGUUUUAGACUCCCGACUGGAGUUUAGAAAAUGUGGUUUCGACCUCAGGGAAUUGGGGUUUGCACAUGUUUCCUGGAGUGUUGCAUGAAUCCUGACGAGAGAUGGAUAACCUGUCACAAAAUAAUCAGAAGCAAAAUGAUCCAAACAGAAGACGAUAUUUUCCUUUUCUGCACAGUUGUAAAGGCGUUUGAACAUAUGGCUGUCCGAGGCUCUAAGAAAUAUCACAGUCGAAAUUUUUGUUUUUCUUUUUCUUUUUCUUGUACCACCACAUGUAGCGAAUUAAAUUAUAAAUUACAUUAAAGUCCAUUAAGGCAGUCCAACCUUAUCCAUAA